GCAAGCCCCCGCCCACACCCUGGCAGGCAGCCAGUGCAGGAAGGGUCGGGAAGACUUCUGCUUGGGCUCUGCAUCAGGUUCAGGCUGAGCAUAAAGGAGGCUCAAGAGGCCUGGAGGAGGCAGUCUUGGGGACCAUGCAAACCCAGAGGGACAACCCUUCCCUGCGAUGGCCACUGUCGCUGCUCCUGCUGCUGGGUCUGGUGCUGCCUUUAGCCAUCUCCCAGACCCGCGGCUACAGGGAGGCCGUGCUCCGUGCUGUGGACGAGUUCAACCGGCAGUCCCCAGACACCAAUCUCUACCGCCUCCUGGACCUGGAUUCGCAGCCCCCAGGGGAUGAGGACCCAGAUACCCCACAGUAUGUGAGGUUCAGAGUGAAGGAGACAGCGUGUGACAAAGCAUUGCAGCAGCUACCUGAGCAAUGUGACUUCAAGGAAAAUGGGCUGGUGAAGCAGUGUGUGGGGACAGUCACCCUGAGCCAGGACAUAGAUUCUUUUGACAUCAACUGUAAAGGGCCUGGGACACAGCCCCAGAAGUUUAAGAAAAUUGCCAAGAUCGCUGGACUCCUCCGAAAAGGUGGGCAGAAGAUUGGUGAAAAGAUUAAGAAGAUUGGCCAGAAAAUUGCAGAUUUUUUUGGGAAAACUGCACCUGAAGCAGAAAACUAGCCUGUCUUGGCCUGUUUCUAGAUUCCAAAAAUAAUAAAUUUGGUGAAGGAAACUUCUCAA